AGUUGUAUAGUCUGCAUUUGCAUUUCUUUCUAGUUGUACGAACGGUAUACUAUUUCUUUAUUCUCUUACCGUUUCCACCAUUAGCCAAAGCGCUAGAAUAUCAAUCAUGCAGGGAGCACUCCUCGUCGGAAGUUGCUUUGCCACGCCGAGCACAUCAUGUUGCUUGCCGGGCAUAGCCACGUCUAGUACAGCAGUAAAAGCCAGAGCUAACCUGCUCGGUAAAUGUAUGUCAAGUAGGGUCCUCGGUGUAGUGGUGGGAAACUCCGCGAGCUCUUCCUCAACUGCUUCAUGGCGAAAUCCUACUCCUUUCGAAUUGCAGUCAAGGAAUCGACGAAGUUUGCAUUCUUGGAUCAAUAUUGACAAACACGUACUCGUACCACGAGGCCCGCGGCCACGACCUGACAAAGAGCGAGUAAAUCUUCAACAGCUCCUCCUGCAUCGUAAUAUUAGUUUUAGUAGUUGUACUUCUUCCCUCAGCACCAGCACCAGCACGAGGAUACGCCACCGUCCUCUUCAUCAACAUACACAUCUUACUCCACCCUCUUUUUCUUCCAAUACGACGAUAAGCAAGCGAUACCUGACGCACUACCAACGCUUGGGUAUUGAUCCACCAUCGAAUCCGCAAGAGAUAAAGAAAGCCUACUUUGACAAAGCACGAAAAUUUAAGGCUGUGCCUCUAAUCCAGCAUGAUCCUUGUCAGAAGUCUGUGGGAAUCCCUCAAUGAAUCGAAUUUUCGAAUUGAUGAAUUAGGGGCGGCUCUAAAAAGUGUCAUCCUGAUAUACACGGCGAAUCCAAAACCAAAGAGUUUCAGGAACUUUCUGCCGCUUACUCCGUACUAAGCGAUCCCCAGAAAAAGGCAGCGUAUUAUUUUGUUGGCAUUUCGAAGAUGAUGAAGCAAGGUGAUGAUGGUUGGUGACUGAAUAAAGGUGAAAAGGUGGAUGGAUAGCAAUGAUUCACUGUAGUUCAAGCUGCUUAAGGAGCGUGUGUUAAGUUCUCAGCACUUGUUUUCUCACCCAUAUUUUUAGCGUUAGACCUAAGUUUGCCUGUAUUUCCCGGCUCUCAUCUCUCGCUUACCAGUUAUUUUAGCGUUAAAAUAUACAGUACCGCUUGGCCCUACUCCUUCCUACUCCUCCACUACCUCUACCCACUUCUACCGAACCCUAAACCCUAGGCCCCUAGCCCUAAACCCACCAUUCGACUCCUUCACCAUUCGACUCACUAGAUACGACGCUAGUGGGUACCAGGAUCGCAAUUACGAUGCUCCGUCUACAGGCGGCUCGUACCAAUAUGGAGGCGAACAGAUGCCGGAUCUAGAUGCAGCAUUCGCGAUGUUUCGAGGAGUAUUUAGUUAUGGCUGUUGAUGUUAGUUUCAUCUUCAGUUUUAGUCCGUAGGACUAUGUGUAGGACAACUACUACUUGUACAACUAAGUAAGAAGUUAACAAGAACAAAAGCUAGAGAGUCUAGGUGGUCUACUCACGUUCGCGUCGAGAGACUUGAUUUUGAUUUUGAUAGCCAAGAAGAUUCAGUCAAUCUGAUUCACUUCGACAGAUAAGAAGUUGCUCUGCUGGCGGUAGAAGUUCCAGCUCAUUUCUAGAGGCUGUUUUCACUCCUCGUCUAAUGUACCGAAUUUGGUUUUCAAAUGUACUACGACACUUUGGUAGAGGACGUGCAGAACAGUUACGACAAGGCGAUACAGACGCAAUCCUACGAACCCUUUUGGGACCUCGCCAAGAGAAGAAAAGCUUAUGGCUGAAAAAAAUUGUCUGUGCCGUCGCUACGCGAUCAUGCGAUUCUUCGGAACGGCAAGAGAUUGAUUGAGAUGUUGAAGUAUGUAUAAAAGUUAUGCAUGUGGGUAAUUCUUCAAAUUCAUCAUGAUGAGGCAACAUCGUCCACGGGUCGCGUUGCCAAGGUACCUGAAUUUUCGCUGCUCCUGUUAAUCUUCAUACUCAUUUCCGUGUACGUGUAGUCCUUUCAUCAUCACUCAAUAUUUUCUGCUCCUCUAAACAACUCUAGUAGUAGGAGUGGUGCUUCCAGCCGUUGUGGUUUUUCGGUUUCCUUGGGUCGCGAUGGCAGCAACACGAGUGUUGGGAAGUGUUGGGAUUUUCCUUUAAGAGAAUGCGGCUGAGUCUCCUCUUUUUUCAUAGUUCUUUGAAGAACUUUAUUGACUCACGGCUGUUAUUUUGAUUUAGAUUUACUGUGCUUUCAGACACAAGACGAGACGUUUAGAAAUAAAUACUGUUCUUCAUCAUCAUGUUGAUGGAGGUAAGUCGUGAUGCUUUCAAUUACAACUAGGUCUUAGAAGUCACUAUCAGAGGUAUUCAAGUCGUGCAAGGUCAUCUUUCUCUUCGCUGAGGCAAGUUGAGAUUCGCAAAAAAUCUUAAUUUCUAAGAUUCUUUCCGCGUGAUUGCCCGCAACCCGCGGAUGCAGGCUGCUGUUGCAGCCUGGCUCUGGAAGAAAAUCGUGGAAUUCUCUGCAGCGAUGGCCGGUCGAGGAGACGAUGAUUCAAAAAAAAAUGACACUCGUAAGAAUGUUGGGAACGAUCAAAAAUCGAAGCGACCACGGUGA